GACUUUUCCCUUGCAUUUUUGACGGACCGCGUGGAAGCCAGCAUGACGUCGACGUUCCUUACACUCGUAUGCGCGCUCUUUUGCGGCCUCAUGGCUGUUGCCAGUGCUGUGGACCUUGAAGGCCGCAUCUACUUACCUGCGAUGGCGUCCGAGGAUGCCGUGGACGCGAUUAGCCCGUUCAAGGUCGUCCUCGACGGCGGUCUUCGCUCGACGCUCUCGACUGCUGAUGGCCGCUUCGCCUUCCUUGAUGUUGGGCCUGGCCGCUACACUAUUGAUAUCUUCUCGCCCGUGUACAUGUUCAGCCAAUUCAAGGUAGACAUCAGCGCCGACGAGCAAAUCCGUGUUCUUGAGUUCAAGUACCCCGGCACCGGGAAGAUGCCCGUGAGUCACCCCCUUGUUGUCGAGGCGCACAUCAAGGUGCAGUAUUUCCAGCCGCGUGAGAAGCUCAGCAUUCUUGACUUGGUCCGCAACCCAUCCUUCUUGGCGCUCAUCGUGCCCAUCGUCAUGGUCUGGUUGCUUCCCAAGCUUUCUGAGGGGAUGAUGGACCCGGAAGAGUACAAGAAGGCACAGGAAGAGAUGGGGUCAACGGACCCGCAAUCGAUGAUCCGGAGUAUGUUUGGCGCGCCCGAGCCCAAGGACGACGAGGAUAGUGACUGAGCACCCUUGGUAGUACUGCAAGGCUUCUCGUGAGACCAAUCAAUAUAGCCCUGCAUCUCUUCA